AUGGGGAGGAAGUCUCCAAUACGGAGGAUACAAGUCCUGGAAUCAACGGCAGAGUCUGAUCGAGAGUACGCUCCUUCCACCAAUUGGUCAUCGUCCUAUCGUUCGGCAACGCCGACGAAAUUCUCUGAAGUUAACCCUAUCAGGUCCCAGCAGCGAUCGGUGCAUCAAACCGCGGAGGAGAUACCAGACAGGGACCCUGUCAUCCGCCUCCUUCAAAGGGUACAGAAGAUGGAGGACGAUCGAACUCGCUCUAAGGAGCCGGACUGGGGAAGGCUCCGGCCAGGACCCUUCACCGAACGCAUAAGGCGCUCCCGACAGGACAGAGACGUACAACCCCUACGCAUAACCCCUUACACAGGAGUGGAGGACCCACUGACACACCUACAUUCUUUCCAAUCGGCUGUAGGGUGCCGAGGGCUAAGCGACGAAGGACUGUGCCUUCUGUUCCCCUUUUCGCUCACAGAAGCGGCUCUGAACUGGUUCUACCGUUUGGAACCAGGAACGAGAGAUGACGAACCAUUGCGUGAGUAUGCCGCACGAUUCAGCCAUGAAUACUCGAGAUGUCCAGAUACCGAUGACAGGGCAGCCUACGGCGCCUUCAAGAGUGGCCUACGGUCCUCACACUUUCGGUAUCUGGUACACAGCAGCAACUGGCGUACGUACGAUGAACUCAUGAAGCAAGCGGCAAUCCACGCCAAAGCUGAAUACUUCAACUCGAGGGCCGAGCCCACGGCUCGGCAGAGCGAACCCAUACAGAGGUCCUCCACGGCACAGGCAUCGCCGUUCGCACCAGCAACCCAAACUGCUGGGUACUCUGAAAGUCACAAGCGCAAAGAUGCAGGAAGCUCCCAAAAAGGGCAUUCCAAGAAAAACAAGAGUAUGUACGGCAGGGACAACUACCGAGCCCCACUACCGGCACAUAACCAAGGGACAGAGGUGUUCACUCUGCUCAAUACCUCCUACGAGGUGGUGCUGAUGAACGAAAUAGAGAUCAUCCCGAAGCCAGCAUUCCGAAAGCCCAACCGGCAAGACGGUAGGGAUACAGGGAAAUUCUGUCGAUACCAUCAGCAGAACAGCCACAAUACCGAGGACUGCAUAAGUUUGCGAAAAAUCGUUGAGCGGUUGAUUCGGGAAGGCAAACUGGAUCAGUACAUAGCCAGGCCGCAGCAGGCGCCAGUACCGAACGCCAAUCGUCAGAUCAACAUGAUCAGCACGAUCAGUGGGGGCCCAACCCUUGCCGGGGCAUCUAACCGGUCAAUGAAGCAGUAUGUCAGGGCGGCACAAUACCCCCAAGUCCUCGGCAUAGAAAGUAGCCGGCACACCAAGAUGCCGAAGGUCAGGUGGGAACCCAUCACCUUCUCCGAGGAAGAAGAGGAGGGGAUCAUCUACCCACAUGACGACCCUAUGAUCAUCCGAGCCGAAAUUGCCAAAUUCGAUGUCGGACGAAUUCUGAUCGACACUGGCAGCUCGGUAAACGUCAUCUUCGCCGAUGCAUUCAAAGAACUCGGAAUAGAUGACAGCCAGGUCAACCGACAACUCUCGCCUCUCCUUAGCUUUUCGGGAGACCUGGUCCAGCCAAUCGGCAGUGUCAGUCUGCCAAUCUCCUUCGGCACAGCCCCACGAAGGACCAUGGUCUACGACCAGUUCCUUGUGGUGGACUGUCCGACGGCCUACAACGUCAUAGUUGGUCUAACGGCGCUCAUGGCGAUAAAGGCCCACUUAUCCCCCCACAUGCUACUCAUGAAGUUCUCCAGCCAAUCGGCAGUAUCAGUCUGCCAAUUUCCUUCGGCACAGCCCCACGAAGGACCAUGGUCUACGACCAGUUCCUUGUGGUGGACUGUCCGAUGGCCUACAACGUCAUAG